CUCAGAAAAUGCUCGCCGAAACGCUUGUGGCGCCCGGCGACAAGGUUCUCGACGCGAUUGGUGAAUAUCGAAUGGGGAAGGGAUUAUACGAGGCGAAUCGAAGGAUCUUCGCGUCGGUAGCCGGUUUUGUCAACGUUUAUGGAUUCAGAGAUAAAUCCGACAACCUGGUGCAAGUGAUCGAAGUUCGCCGCAGCGAAGAUCAGCUCGACAAUGAGCUUCUCCCAUUCCACGGAGCCAUCGUCACCGCCAAAGUGAUGGCUGUCGGAUUACGAUUCGCCAAAUGUGACAUCAUCAGUAUCGGCGAUAAGGUUUACAAGAAGCGGUUCUCGGCGCUGCUGCCGAAAAAGAAGCUGAGGCCGCUGGAACCUGAAUUGAGUGAGCCAUUCAAAAACUUUGUGCGACCCAACGACUACAUUCUGGCAAAAGUUUGUGAAGACGCCGAAAUCAAGGACAAAUUCGUUUUAUCGAUCGCCGAAGACGAGCUAGGCGUUGUGCUGUGCCGUGGACGAUUUGGUGAACCAAUGCAAAAAGUCGACUGGAAUACGGUGGUCUCGACACGAACCGGCAAAACGGAACCCAGGAAAAUGGCCAAAGUUCCGCAAAAGUGCACAUUGCCCACGCAAUCGGUGGCCUGAAUAAUUAUCCUCUCUGAAAAGAUCUUUGAAUCGUUAUAUUUUUGUACUUUUUUUUGUGUUUUUGGGGGCCAUUGUUUCGAGGAAAAAAAAGUCAUAAUUGUUCCCCCACUCAUUCCUUCCUUUUUUGUUGAACAAUUUUUCAAAAA